GCCAGUAUGAGAUGGCAUCUGUCCUCAUGCCUAAAAUCAUGACCUGAACGGUUUCCAAGGUCAUCAGCCUGGAGGGAAGGAUUAUAUCUGGCUUGAGUCCAGGGCUUUGACAAGUGAGUUAGCUCUGAGUCGGGAGACAAGGACUUUUCCUCCUUCCGUUUCCUACUUUCUGAGGGGCUUUCGGGCAUCCAUACUGUGAUUGGAGAGUAAUGGCCAGACCAGGCACAGAACUGCGCACACAUCAAAAUAAGCGGGUUCAGCAGGAACUUCCGCUUCAAGGGCUUGCCCUGCCUCUGUUCCCUGCCUCUGUCAUGUUCUCUGUGGGCACGAUGAAGCAUGGGUUGGCUCUUAUAAAGGGUGGGGAGGGGAAAGUGUGUGUUCCUAAGCAAACAGUGUUCAAAUUGCCACUUUCUUUAUUUCUUCUGUUUUCAUGAGUGUAGAUCAUAACGCUUGAGGGAUAAGCCUGCAGUGACCGGCAGUCCCACUGUGGAGAGGACGUCAGGAUGUCACAAGGCAUUGAGAUCAUGCGGUUCAUGAGGAAGUCAUUGUGUUAGUGUGUGACUGAGGUGGAUGGACAUCCCUCAGGGUGGCCCUUGGCAGAACUCAGAUCAUUUUGCCAAACUUGUAUAAAUGAUCAGUCUCCAGGGCUCCGUGGCUGUUGAGGACGUGGUCAUCAUCUUUAACCAGGAGGAGUGGGCUCUGCUGGAUGAUGCUCAGAAAACGCUCUACAGAGAUGUGAUGACGGACACGUUGAGAAACCUGACCUCCGUAGUUGAUGGUGAAGAAAAGUUGCCCCGUGAAGGGAUCCUGCUGCGAUUCAUGAAGAAUGAGACCUGGUCCUCCUUCAUCGCAGAUGUCUCUGCAGGGCGUGUUGGUGGAGAUCAGCGUAAAGGGCAGGGGAGACGUGUGACAAAUCUCACAGUAGACAACUUAUCUAAAAGGAACGAAGACAAUCUCGGUGCAAGGAUUUUGGAGCGGGUGCCCAGUGGCACUGUGGCACACAGCAAACUAUCCGAAGAGCAUCCAAUUCCAUGUGGUCGGUGUGGAAAGGCCUUCACGGAUCGUUCAUCUCACAAUCAUCAUAUUGGAACUCACACAGGUGACAGUACCUGUGACUGUGAAAAUUCUGGACAAACCUCCACUCGUCAUGUUAAGGUAACCACACCCCUGAGAAGUCGUACAAGAGAGGAUGCCUGUGAUGAAAGGGGACGUGGGAAGGGCUAUAGUUGCUUGUCCAGCCCUAACAAUCCCAUGGAAACAGCAAGUGGUGACAAGCGCUAUCAGUGCAAACGCUGUGAGAAAGCGUUUUGUGAGCGUGCAUCCCUGUGUCAUCACGAGUGGAUACACAUCGGAGUCAAGCCUUUCAUCUGUCAGCAGUGUGGGGAACCCUUCACAAGUCCCUCCAGUCUUAACACACAUGUGCGAGCGCACACUGGAGAGCGGCCUUUUAAAUGUCAGUGUGGGAAAGCCUUCAGUCAGUCCACUUACCUCAGGAAGCAUCAGAAAACGCAUGCUGGAAACCGGCCCUUUCAGUGUAAGCAAUGUGGGAAAUCCUUCACGUGCCCUUCAUGGUUUAAUACACAUCUACGCUCUCACAGUGGAGAGAAGCCUUUCAAAUGUAAGGAAUGUGGGAAAUCCUUUGCCUGUGUCAGGUACCUCAGCAAGCAUAUGAAAACUCACUCUGAGGACAGGCCUUUUACCUGUAAGGCAUGUGGGAAAGCCUUUAGACGCUACUCACACCUUAUCAGACAUCUGCAAAGUCACAGUGGAGAGCGGCCUUUUAAGUGUAAGGAAUGUGGGAAAGCCUUUGGUCGGUCCGCUUACCUUAUCAUCCAUCUGCAAACUCACAGUGAAGCAAAGCCUUUUAAAUGUGCACAGUGUGGGAAAGCCUUCACUUGCUCCUCUUACCUGAUGAAGCACAGGCAAACUCACUCUGAGACCAGGCCAUUCAAGUGUCAGGAAUGUGGGAAAGCCUUUAAAAGUUCCUCACAUCUUAUCACCCAUCAGCAAACUCACAGCGGAGCCAGGCUGUUUAAAUGUGAGGAAUGUGGGGAAGCCUUUGCUCAAUCCUCCUUCCUCGUUCUCCAUGUGAAAACUCACUCUGAAGACAGGCCAUUCAAGUGUCAGGAAUGUGGGAAAGCCUUCAAACGUUCCUCUUGCCUCAGCAACCAUGUGAAAACUCACUCUGAGGACAGGCCAUUUAAAUGCGAGGAAUGUGGGAAAGAGUUUAAGCGUUCCUCCACCCUUAACACACAUCUGGGAACUCACAGUGGCAGGAAGCCAUUUAAAUGUACGGAAUGUGGGAACGCCUUUAGAAUGUCUGCACAACUUAUCAGACAUGUCAGGACUCACAGCGGAGAGAGGCCUUUUAAAUGUAAGGAAUGUGGGAAAGCCUUUAAAAAUUCCUCACACCUUAUCAGACACCUGCGGACUCACAGUGAAGAGAACUCUUAUUAGCGUAUGGAGCGUGAGCAAGCAUUUCUUGAUACCAACUCCUCAAGUCAAGAUACAGAGUGCAAUGGCGCCUUACAUGUGUAAGCCAUGUGGGAUAUAACCUUUACCCCAGGGCGCUCAAUACGUCUAUCGAGAUCUACUAGCAGAUCCCAUGGCACUAAAAAAAUAGACCUAUACCUCAUCAAUCUCAUCGCUUAACUGAUUUACAGCGCAGCCAAGCCUAUGCAAUCUUGGGUGUCAAACGCAUGUGCAAACAGCUGCCCUGCUAAGUGCAGCAAAACUGACACGCUAAGUUAUCACCAAUUGUUAGACCUUGUUUUUUUCUCUUCAACAUAAGAAAGGGUAUAAAAAUGAUGGGGGAGCUGGACCAAGAAAGAAGACAGAAACGUAUCACUUUCCUGUGGAAUGAGAGGAGGAUUUUUUAUGCGAGGCAAUCUUUUCCCACAUAAAGAUCACUAAGUCCAAGCACUGUACCACCAUGACUGACGAUCAUUUAGAAAUGUGCUUGAGGCUAGUGGUCAGCAGCUACUGUCCGGACUAUGCAUCCCUGGUUCAUUCCAUUCAGUGCAAUUAAUCAGGGUAAACUCAGGUAAU